UUAUUAACGUUGUUCAAAUCUCAACGAAAACAACCACAAAUCAAUAUUAUUAGGAAUCUCAUGUACCUAUGUAUCUCAUCAACUCGGUGGAUAUGAUAUCAGGUAUUACAAUGGCAACUCCCGACGGUUACUAAGUUGCCGUCUGGCGGUUACCUAUCCAGCUACUGUCAACUUUUCAUUAAUUUCCCCUCUUUACCAAGCAUUCUAUAGAGCUUGAUUUCCCAAUUCAAAUACACACACAUGUUUUGUCCCUCAUUAACUGGUACCUACAUCAGACCAGAUAAAGCCCGGUGCCAUGUUAUCCAGACAAGUUUCCAAGAACCAGAUAGCACAGAGCCGUCAAUGCAAUUUCCCGUUAGCCGUGUGAUGGCAGCGAUACAUCGUUACAUGAUCAAAUGCCUUUCUCGUCCUUCUCUGCGUCGUUGUGGGGGUUUUCAAGUGUAACUACCCAUGCCUAGGUGCUUGCUGUGAAGGUUAUGUGUCGUCACGAAUGUAUGAAGUUAUUAUGAGGGACGGGUACAGAAAAUUUCAACGCUUCGGAGAAUUAUUUGACAGCUCACUGCAUAUCUGAUUUGCUUUUUGACUCAACCAUCUGCCUCGAUUUUGAAAAUAUUAUUUUCAAAUUCAGAAGUUUCGUUUGGAAAGAAUGGCGUUAUCCAAAGCUCAAAGAUUGACCGUGGUGAUCUGCAUAUCAACGUCGUUUUUUCUGGCCGAGUUAUCAAUUGGUUUCUAUACGAAGUCCCUUGCACUGGUAGCGGAUGCCUUUCACUAUCUGAAUGAUUUGAUCGGCUUCAUGGUCGCUUUGGCUGCCUUGAGGGUAUCUCAACGUUCUGACUCACCCGACUCCCUCUCCUACGGCUGGCAACGCGCAGAAUUAUUAGGUGCUUUCUUCAAUGGUUGUUUCUUGCUUGCUCUAGGCGUUAGCAUAGCGCUGCAAUCUAUUGAUCGCUUCGUGUAUCUAGAGAAAGUCAAAAAUCCUCAAUUAAUGCUCAUCAUUGGCUGUGCCGGGCUCACUCUAAACAUUAUCAGUGCUAUCUUCCUACACGACCAUGAUCACCAUGGGCAUCAUCACGGACAUCAUCAUAGUCAUGGUGAAAGACCCAUUCCAAGCACCGUCGACAUUGAACAAAUGAGCUCUGACACGCUAUGUGCCACUACGGUGAGCACAUCUAGUUUGAACACUUCAAGGAAUCUCAGAGAAGAUCGUCACAAGGGUCAUUGCCAUAUGGUUCAACCGUCAAACAGCCGAAGCGAGCCUAGAGACUUAGCGCACCUUGCGGUAAUGCUCCAUGUUAUUAUGGAUGCAGUAAAUAACAUAGGAGUAAUCAUAGCCGCAUUGGUUAUUUGGCGCACCAAAUAUGAGGGAAGGUUUUAUGCAGAUCCAGGCGUGAGCAUGGGUAUAUCAUUAAUGCUAAUCUUCUCCUCUCUCCCAAUAAUCAAGAAUGCCGGUGCAAUAAUGUUACAAUCAGUUCCAUCUGGCAUAAACAUCAACAAUGUCAAGCAUGAUAUCGAAAACAUUGCAGGCAUCCUAUCUGUUCAUGAACUACAUAUAUGGAGUUUAUGCCAGAGGAAGACAGUCGCUUCAGCCCAUAUUGUUACGAUUGAGACGGAUCUGAAAACAUUCAUGAAGCAAGCCAAGCUUAUUAGGGAAUGUUUGCACGCGUAUGGUAUCCACAGUGUAACGCUACAAGCUGAAGCAUCAAACGGGGUAAUCAUAAAUGGCACAGGUGCGGACGAGAAAUGUCAGAUGGUUUGCGGAAGUCUAUGUGAAGAUUUGGCCUGCUGUCCAUGAGUGUAGCAGCAGGAUGUUACACCAUGGAAAGUUCUUGUAACUACUGAAGGUUCCUCUGUCCCAGAUUAGAAUGAGGGUACAAACGAGGUAUCUCAUUCAAGUAACGAUAUGUUCACACACGUUGUAAACCAAGAAAAAAAAAGUUCCGCUUUUUCCUUCAUAUGUCAUAUUUGACUAAGGGUGGCGUUCUCAUCGUUUCAUUAUCCCAUCGUCCCAUCUUUGACAAAAGUUCGGAUGAA